CAGUGGUUUAUCAGCGAUUGUGGCCAACAGGGCCACCGAUGUCCCCACCGGGCUUCCGGAGUCUUUUGACAGCACGUGUUUCCGGUGGCUAGCGUGCAUGUGGCGUAUAAAUUUAAGACAUGGGAAAAAUAAAAAAGGAAGAAUGCGCUGCCUGGAAACCGCUAAAAUUGGAUGGAGCAUUUAUCUCUGAAGGUAUUGACGGGCUGAUAGGAAUCGAAGAACUAACAGAUUAUGGUGUUAUAAGAAGUACGAAGCGCAAAUUAGUUACGCCUGAUAAAGAAACACACACGGUAAAGGACAAGAAAACCAAAUCACAAAAACCUGGGGCUAAGAUUGACGAUGCUGAAACAGAUGAACAUUUGACAAAGAAAAAAAAACUCAAAAAAACUGGAAAAGAAGAGAAGAAGCUGAAAAUUAAAAAGAACAAUAAGGAAAAGCCUUCAGAGAGCCAAAUUAAUAUCACUGAAGAAGUGUCUGAUACCAGAUCUAAUAGCCAAAUAAACUUGGAAAAGAAGCAACACAUUGAGAGAGAUAAUGAUGCCACCAACUUUGAUAAAUCAAAUAUGCCGAUGAAUAUACAUUCUUGGACUUCAUUAGGUGUACCUGAUAUAUUACUACAAGCAUUAGCUGAUCAAGGUUUCUCCACUCCGACACCAAUUCAGGCUUUGACAUUAGCACCAGCAAUUUUGGGAAGAAGAGAUAUUCUGGGUGCUGCUGAAACUGGUAGUGGAAAAACACUGGCUUUCGGACUCCCCAUUCUGAAUGGUAUAUUGGAAGAGCAAAAAAAAGAAGAAGAAAAGAAGCUCUACGAGAAUAAGAAUUCAAAUGAAAUCAAUGAGGAUUCCAGCAGUGAAAUAGAUGAACCACACAGUACUGAGAGUUGUGAUAUGAAUAUGAUAAAUAUAUCUUCGAAUGGAGAAAUUUCAGAUUCUGAAGGCUCAGCAGAUGAUUCUGAAGAUGGUGAAGGUAAUAGCGCAGAAGAAUCAGAUUUUGAGGAAAGAGAAGAAAUCAUAGGAAAUGAAAUGCUGAAUGAGGAAGGUUUUGGCUGUGUUAGAGCUAUCGAUAAUAUAACCAUUAAAGGGUCUAAGGGAUUGCCUAAAAAAUCUUUGUAUGCUUUAAUAUUGACACCAACCAGGGAGUUAGCCAUUCAAGUUAAAAAUCAUCUUGUCAAAGCUGCCAAGUAUACUGGGAUUAGAAUUGCCGUAGUUGUAGGAGGCAUGGCCGCUGUGAAACAAGAGAGGAUCUUGAGUAAAUUUCCAGAAAUAGUGGUCGCCACACCAGGUCGCUUGUGGGAACUAAUACAAGAAGGCAAUGUGCAUCUCAAUCAAGUCAACGAUAUCAAAUUUUUGGCCAUUGAUGAAACGGAUCGGAUGAUUGAAAGAGGACACUUUCAAGAGUUGCAUAGUCUCCUAGAGAAAAUCAAUGAGGAUAGUGAAAAGUUAAAGCAACGACAAACUUUCGUUUUUUCUGCAACAUUGACCAUGGUACAUGAUAUUCCCCAGUAUUUGAUGAGGAAAAAAUCCAAGCAGAGAAGUACAAUACAAAAGUUAACACCAGAACAGAAAUUACAAAAAGUAAUUGAAAUGUUGGGAAUCUCAAAUCCAAAAAUUGUUGAUGUCACCAAGAAAUCAGCGACGGCGACGGGUUUAACAGAAUGCCGAAUUGCUUGUACCAUAGAUCAUAAAGACUAUUACCUAUAUUAUCUGCUGAAGAGACACGCUGGUCGAACUUUGGUAUUUUGCAACAGUAUCGGUUGUGUAAGAAGACUUGCAACUUUAUUAGGAAUUUUGGAAUGUAAUCCACUACCCCUACAUGCUGGUAUGCAACAACGACAAAGGCUGAAGAAUCUUGAAAGAUUCCAAGAAAAUCAAAAUGGUAUUUUAGUAGCCACUGAUGUUGCUGCCAGAGGCUUAGAUAUACCUAAUGUAGAACAUGUGAUCCACUACCAAGUUCCCAGGACGUCUGAGGGGUAUGUGCAUAGGAGCGGCAGGACAGCCAGAGCACAAAAGGAAGGCAUCACUAUCUUACUAAUGGAACCAUCAGAAAUGCAAUAUUAUACCAGACUUUGCAAAACGCUCGGAAAAACUCAAGACAUACCUACUUUCCCAGUGGUAGAUCGUCUCUUAAUUGCUGUCAAAGAAAGGGUUAAUCUUUCCCGUGAGAUUGAUCGUUUAGAAUUAAUGUGUCGAAGAGACAAUGCACAGAAAGGUUGGUUACAUAAAGCUGUUGAAGAUAUGGACCUUGUGCUUGAUGAAGACCAAUUAGAAACCACUAUGGAGACCAAAGAAACAGCGGAUCUAAGAAGACAACUCAGAGCUAGGAGGCAUCAGUUGAAGAAUUUACUGAGCAAACCACUUUUCCCAAAGGGUUUUUCCGGAAAAUAUUCAAACCCCAGCAUGGAAUUUCAAUUGGAGCAAGGCACUCAGAGAGCAGUUGAUGUCAUGAAAAAAGCUAUUGCAGAAAAACCGAAAAGAAAUUAUAAAGACAUUCCUGGUAUCCCCAGAACUAAACGUGUUUCUAAAAAAAAGUUUUCUAGAAAAAAGAAGUAGUCAUCAACUUUUCUUCGUGUAAAUAAUUGAAAGAAAAAGUGAUGGACCUUAUUCCAUCCAUCAGAAUAUUUCAAUUUUUGUUAGGAUUUGAAAACUAUCAAAAAUAGAAUUAUUCUCUGAGAAAAUAAUAAUAGAAUUAUUCUCAAUAUUAUGCGUGUAAUAAACGAUUUAUUGGAAAAAUUA